AUGCGGAAUGAAGUUCUUAAGCGACCUAUGAAACAUCCCGUGGAAACAGGUGACAACCUACAGUCGUCUCGAGUUUCGGAUCCACAGCACGAUUACCUGCAGGAAUUCCCACCAUUACCUCACUCGAGACAGCUCUUUCCUCUUCACCGUCUGCGCGUAUUUGACAAAGCAAGCAACAUGAACAGCAGUGCUGAUGCGAGCGACAGUCCAAGCUCCAUGCCAGAGCCAAUGAAGCCUCCUCCGCCAAAGAGGUCGUCAAAAACGAACCUCUCGAGCGAGCUCCAAUGCUUUGCCUCCAAGUUGGACUCCAUGUUCGGAGGCGAAGGAGCGAACAAAGGGGUGAAGAAGCCCAUCGGAGGCGUGGCGCUAUUCGGAUGUUCUCCGAUGCCCAAGCUCCUCUCUACCAAGAGCCUCGAGCCCGAUCUACCGCCUGAAAUUUGCAGAGAAGAAACUGUAGAAUCCAAGCUGGACUCCGUCGAGAACGGGAGCGAGUCGAUCUUCUCUCCUGCAGAUCGGGCGAUCAGUGUCGAGGAUUCCCCAGUCAAGUUCCAGGAAAUCAAUCCUGUGAGUCUUCUAGGCGAAGAGGCGGAGAUGGAGGGACUGGACGCGAUCAUCCAUGAGAUCCAGAACAAGAUCCAGGAUGUCCUGCAUGAGUUGACUCGGAUCGGAGCCGAGAGAGCCGCGCUGGAGCAGAGGACAGCCGACAAGAACUUCACAUACGAAGUGACAAAGCGAGAGAAGGCGGCUCUGAAGGAAGGCGAAUACGAGACUCGCUGCCUUGUGUGCAACGUCGCAUGCCAUUUUCCCUGCAAGGUGCAGAAUUCGAAAAAGGCGGAAUGCGAGAUCAUGGAGGCCGGUCGCUGCAAGGCCUGUCGCUGCGACGCCGCCAAGCACUUCAACAGCCCCCACCGCUUCCAGACUUCGAAGGAGAGUAAGACGCUCAAGGACCUGAAGCACUCACACCGAGCUCAGACGAGACGAAAUGAGUCCCUGCUGGAAAUCCUGAAGCGGAAAUACGAGAGGAGCCAAAACGAGAUGAUGGAUCUCGUGCUGGAGGCUCACGAGGAACUUUGCAAGCUGGAGCCGAUGUCCAUUUCCGAAUAUAUGGACAUUUUGAUUUCCUCGGAGAAUAAACAAACGAGACUCGGCUGGAUGGACAGAGUCAGAAUCCUCCAAGAAACUCAAGACCGCAUGGGAAUGGGACAGGCCAGUAAUGAAACCGCCGACGUCAUUAAAUCAACCGAUGAGGAACGAGUUGGUAAUCGCGCGGGCAACCCCGAGGUAAGCAGUGGCACAUUUCAGAGAAUUUCCUUAACCGAGUCCUCAACUGAGCCGGUCGAGCGAGUGUCCCUUCCUUCUCAGGUGAGCGAACAAGAGGCCUUCGCUUCCAGAGCCGCCAUUGAUGAUGGCCUCAUCGAGAGCAAAACCCCACCGAAAAAUUCGGCCCUGGCCUGCAAGAUCUGCGAGGAGGGCUUCAGAGCUGAGGGCGACCGAGUUCCCCGUCUCCUGCCGUGCGGCCACACGCUCUGCCACUCCUGCCUGGAGAUGCUCGCUCAACGAGGUCCUACCGUUCUGUGCCCGUUCGACCGAUCGGCCGCUGCCAUUGGACUGGAAGGUGUCUACGGACUGAAGAAGAACUUCGUCCUUUUGGAGAUCCUGGAUCAAGGCUUGAGUCUACUCAAGUUCAACAGCGGAAGCAAGCUGAAGUCCCAUGGUAUUGAGAGAGCCUAUCUGGCAUCUCAGAGGAAGGGCAUAUUUCCCUUCUCGACCAGUAAAUUCCAGUAUGAGAUUCACUUUGAAAAAAUGGUGCAGAAGAACAAACGAGAUAUGGCUGACAAGAUCCCCGAGAGAAUUCAGAAGGGGCACAUGCCUAUCACAAACGUUGUGAAGUCCGUCCAGAAGGUCUUCAAAGAGGCAGAAGUAGCCAUGAAUGACAAGGACGAGGAAAAGAGCUUUGUGUUCUACAUGAAGGGUCUCAAGAUCUUCUUUGAAAACAUCCUCAACACGAAGGAGUACAAGAAGAAUGAGACAUACUUCCGGAGUAUGCUGGAGAAGGAGGUGAAGGAGGCAUCAGAUAUUGUCUGCGAUCUUGAGAAGAGCCUCGAGAGAAGGUAUGACCUGCUAAAGGAGGGGAUGGAGGUAGCUGUUAGAGACAAGAGACGUGAGGAGGAGCAACUGAAGAAGGAUCAUGUCAAGAGAGCAAUUACAUUGCAGCCACAGCAUGAUGGCAUAAACCUGGAUAGCCCUGUGAUAUCCUGUCACCAGCUGAAGAACCUAUUCCAUGAAAGUAGCCGUAGCUUCCUCAUCCUGGACUGCCGAGCCGAAGAGGACUUUGAUGCAUCACACAUCAAGAGCUCUCGAGUCCUCAGUGUGCCUGACAAAUACCUCAAGCCAGGGGUGACUUGUAAUUCCUUGCUGAAGACUUUGCCAGAAGAUGACGGGUUCACGUUCGGACGCCGUUCCACGGUUGACCUCCUGUUCCUCAUGGAUUGGUUCACAGAAGAUUCUCCUACACCUCAGUCCCCUCUUCAGAAUCUCUAUGAAGCAAUCGUUAAGUGGGAUCCAGGCACGAGAUACAAGUGCACGCACCCGAUGAUCGUGAAGGUUAUUGAAUAUCCGGAUUUGGACACGUUUCGUCCACCAGCUGAGACCUCUCCAGAAGAAGCACCUGCAUCCCUGCUUCCAUCCAAGAGCCCACUACAGGAAGUGCCAUCGAGGACAGAACCAGACGUUGGGCUUCACAGACUGCAUGGGGGAAGAGUUAGCAUGGAGUCCCAAGUGCUAAGGCCUCUUGCUGCUCCUGAGAAUGCAGAGGUCAAGCAGAUUGUUAAGAAGCCUCCAACAGUGAACCGGGACCUCAAACCUGGAAAGAAGAUGGAGGAGAGAAUUGAGGAGCGGGGAGAGCUGCUUGAGAUGACAAGGGAAGUCCUUCGCUUGGAAAAUGAGUGGGAUCAGGUGCGACUGCGGCGGGAGAAGGAGUCUGAGGAGGCCAUGCGUCAGGAGCUCCAGCGAAAAGAACAGCAGCUUAUGGACCGCAUCUCUUCUAUGGAGUCUGAGAAGAAAUCUCUUGAGGAGAAAUGGGAGACCCAAGCAAAGGAAAAUGAGGAGCUGCGGAAAGAGAUGGAAUUGUGGAGGAGCAAGGCAACCUCAUUAGAAGAGAAGCGGGAAGCCGAGAAGGAGGAGGAGAAGUUCCGUCAGCAUGAAGUUCCAAAGAAGAAAAUGAAUGCUGGGUUCCAGCGCCUGUUGCAUGAGCGCAAGGCCAAGGAUUUUCGUAUGAAGAAACUGCAGGAGGAGGGCGAGACAGAGAAGCAGGGCAACGGGACACACUUGGGGAACGGAUUGGGAGGUGCCUUCCACUUUAAUGGAUCCAAAGAACCCUCCCCCAAGGCCAGAUCAGGGGAAUUUCCUCUCAGGACAGGAUUAAGAGCCUAUUCCUCCAAUACUGGAUUGCAGGGAUUCACCCCCAGGCCUGCAUCAGGGGAACCAUCGCUCAAGAUACAAUCUUUAUUUUCGCCCACCGUUUGCGAGUCACCAAAAAUCCAGACAUGGACACAUUCCGUCCCCCGCCCGACACCUACCCGAGACGGACAAAUAACCAAACCUUCACUCAAGGGCCCACCGAUAGCGGCGACGUUGGAACCAAGAGUCAGUCUUCCUACACUGCAAAGAGGAGGAGUCAAAGUAGGGUCUCUUGCGACAAGACCCAUUCCUGCACCUAGGAAUAUGGUCAAGCAGAAUCUGGUAUUGGUAUGCAAGAUCUGUGACGAGAACUUCAAGGCAGUGAGUCACCGAGUCCCACGUCUCCUGCCAUGCGGCCACACGCUCUGCCAUACUUGUCUCGUGGUGCUUGCCAAGCAGGGUACUCCCGUUCUAUGCCCUUUCGACAGAUCAGCAGCUGAAAUCGGUUAG